AUGUUUGGUAAUGGUGGUGGGUCGGCGGCGCGAGCCAAUGAUUCGUUUAUGACAUCAUCGUUGUUAACUUUGUAUGUUUUAAUAGUGCUCGUACAACCGGUGUAUUCGCCAAACAUGGAUGCUAAAGCGCUUUCUUCUGCUGUCGCUGAAUUUUCAGCAAAGUUUUGUAAUGAACUAAGCAAAAGCACCAGUGUAGUGUCUUCACCGCUGUCAGCUGAAUUUGUGUUAGCUCUUUUAGCUUUAGGAACCACUGAUCCUGCUCAUUCGGAAUUGCUGAAAACACUGGGCAUUCCUGGGGAUGAUGAUAUUCGGUCAUCAUUUUCUGCUGUCUCCUCAAAUUUGAAAUCUAUUAAGGGUGUGACAUUAAAUGUUGCAAAUAAGGUAUAUAUAAAAGAGGGUGGUUAUGAUUUGAAUGAGGAUUUGAAAAUAGAUGCUGUUAAAAUAUUUGAUGCUGCACUGGAGAAAAUAGACUUUGGUAACAGUGUGAAUGCAGCUAAACUGAUCAAUGAUUGGGUUGAAGGCAAGACCAAUGGAAAAAUUAAGGAUCUUAUCUCAAAAGACAGCCUCGAUGACGAUACACGUCUUGUGCUCCUCAAUGCAAUCUAUUUUAAGGGAACAUGGAAGAAAAAGUUCCAACCAGAACAUACUACAGAUCAGCCAUUCUAUAUUGAUGAAGAGAAUACUGUGGAUGUUCCUAUGAUGUAUAAAGAAGAUGAUUAUGUAUAUGGAGAAAGUCAAGCUUUAAAUGCUCAGUUACUCCAAAUCCCGUAUGUUGGCGACGAGGCAAGCAUGUUGAUAGUGCUGCCGAACGAGAUCACCGGUCUAGACGCCAUACUGCAGAAGCUGGCCUCCGGACACAAUUUGCUCUCUGAAUUGGACAAAAUGCAUAAAACUAAAGUACAAGUGACGAUCCCUAAAUUCAAAAUUGAAACCGAAAUCGAUCUUAUGGAAGUACUGCCUAAACUCGGUAUCUCAGCUAUCUUCGACAGCAACAACUCGGGCGUUACGAAGGUUCUCAACACAGACGAAAAUCUGUACGUGUCCAAGGCCGUCCAAAAGGCCUUUAUUGAAGUUAAUGAGGAGGGCGCAGAGGCCGCCGCGGCUACUGUGAUGAGCAUCGCGUGCUAUUCCAUGGUGAUUGGAGAGCCAGAAGUGCCUCGUUUCAUAGCGGAUCGUCCAUUCCUCGCUGCGAUCGUAGCCCACGACACUUUGUACUUCAUGGCUACGCACCGUGGGAAA